CGCGCGCUCCCGGGAGGCGGCGGCGGCGGCGGCAGCAGCACCGGUAGCAUCGGCAGCAGCCCCCGGCGGCCUCGGGCGGGGCCGGCCGGACGGACAAACGGACAGAGGGUGCCGCGGACGCGCGGCCCGCCGGGGCCGGCCAUGGAGGGCGCCUCGUUUGGCGCGGGUCGCGCGGGGGCUGCCCUGGACCCCGUGAGCUUCGCGCGGCGGCCCCAGACCCUGCUGAGGGUCGCGUCCUGGGUGUUCUCCAUCGCCGUCUUCGGGCCCAUCAUCAACGAGGGCUACGUGAACGCGGACAGCGGCCCGGAGCUGCGCUGUGUCUUCAACGGCAACGCAGGCGCCUGCCGCUUCGGGGUGGUGCUUGGCCUCGGGGCCUUCCUCGCCUGCGCCGCCUUCCUGUUCCUGGACGCGCGCUUCCAGCAGAUCAGCAGCGUCCGAGACCGCCGUCGGGCCGUGCUGCUGGACCUGGGCUUCUCAGGUCUCUGGGCCUUCCUGUGGUUCGUGGGCUUCUGCUUCCUCACCAACCAGUGGCAGCGCACGGCGCCCGGGCCCGGCACGGCGCAGGCGGGGGACGCGGCGCGGGCCGCCAUCGCCUUCAGCUUCUUCUCCAUCCUCAGCUGGGUGGCGCUCACCGUGAAGGCCCUGCAGCGGUUCCGCCUGGGCACCGACAUGUCGCUCUUCGCCACCGAACAGCUGGGCGCCGGGCCGGGCCAGGCCUACCCCGGCUACCCGGUGGGCAGCGGCGUGGAGGGCACCGAGACCUACCAGAGCCCGCCUUUCACCGAGACCCUGGACACCAGCCCCAAAGGCUACCAGGUGCCCGCCUACUAGGGGGCGGCAGGUGGGGCCCCGGGCUCCAAAGCCACCCCGCCCACGCAGGCUCCAAGGGCUCCGGGACACCCCUCGGGUCCUUGCUGCGCAGCCCACUGUGGGCCCUCCGCGGCCGAGAGGGAGUGGCCUCUGGGGUGCCCGGGCUGUCCCCAGGCCUGAGGUCCCGAGGCGGCGGCGGCGGCACAGCCCAGGGCACGCGCGCUGCUGCCUGGAGUGGACGCCCCUCCCGGGCCGGCUCGCCAGGGGCUCGCUGCCCGCUCUGCUGCCAAGUGCAGGGGCUGCCCAGGUCCAGGGGCAGGGACAGCGCCCCUCCCAGGGCCAGGCGUGGCGGCCGCUGGCCCACCUCCCGCGUCCCCGUCAUGGUGGUCUGUUGUCUGCAGCCCCCCUGCGUUUGCUCUCAGGCUGGCUUGUGCAGCCCGGCCCUGCCAGUGCUGGGACUGUGCCCCGAUCUGCAGGUGUCACCCCGUCGUGCCCCCGGGCUCUCCCUCUGUAGCCCUGCCCAAGGCCCUGCCCCGGCCUGGUCCUUCCCUGAGGCCGUGCCUGGGGCCAGGCCAGGCAAGCCCCUGUGAGCGGAGAUGCGCGAGGCUCCCUCUGUCCAGGGACCCCCGGGGCGGCCGGUCCACGCUCACCUCCCUGCCUUGGCUUCCCGGACGAACCCCUCCCCCCACCCGUAGCCAACCACCCGUGCAUCGCUCGAAGCUGGCUUUUCGCGUUAAGUCCGGCCCCCAGUGUGGUUGCCACGUGUCAUUACGGACAGUCGAGUGACAGCCCCUGUGCACUGUAGCGUAGACCAGUUAGGUGUGGAUUCACGUGACCAUGUUUACAGUUUUGUACAUAUCCCCGCCCCCUGACAGCGUCCGUGAUGGUGUACUCCCUGUGUCCGUGUUCUGACCACGACUUCUUUACAAUAAAGACUGUAAAUGAGUUGACCGUG